UUUUUCACUCCCUCUCCCUAAAAGGUCGCUAUAAAAUCCGCCACUUAUAUUCUCGCCUCUCCUAAAUCCACCCCAAACUUAGCAUCAAUGGCCGUUUCUUUCUCUUCUCCUUCCUUAAUUUUGGGAAUCUCAAUUCUGUGUUUGCUAAUUUCACCCGCGCUGUCACAGACUUGCAAGUCUCAGAAGCUCACAAACAACAACGUGUACAGUCAUUGCUUGGACCUCCCAACACUUACUUCCUAUCUUCACUUUUCCUACGAUUCCGCCAACAGAUCUUUAUCAGUAGCAUUCGUUGCGACUCCAUCGAAUUCCAAUGGAUGGGUCGCUUGGGCUAUAAAUCCCACGGGGACGGGCAUGGCAGGUGCUCAGUCACUGGUCGCUUACAAAGAUUCUACCGGCGCCGUUACCGUUAAGACAUUUAAUAUAAGUGGUUACAGCUCUGUGGUCCCGGAGAAUCUGUCGUUUGAAGUGUGGGACACGGGAGCCGACGAGUCGGGAGGGUUCAUUAGAAUUUAUGGGAAGCUUAAGAUGCCGGAGGAGCUAGCCAAGGCGGGAAAGGUUAACCAGAUUUGGCAGGUGGGCCCUGGUGUUGGCGCUGAUGGUAUGCUGGAAAAACACGCUUUUGAGUCGCAAAACGUGAACGCUAAGGGGACUCUUGAUUUGAGUGGGGGUCAGAGUACCGUUGUUAGUACUGGAACUGACUCCAGAACCAAGAAGAAAAAUAUUCAUGGGAUAUUGAACGCUGUGAGUUGGGGAAUUUUGUUUCCACUUGGAGUGAUUAUUGCAAGGUAUGUGAGGACUUUUGAGUCUGCAGAUCCAGCAUGGUUUUAUCUUCAUGUAUCCUGCCAAUUAUCUGCCUAUGUCAUUGGGGUUGCUGGCUGGGGAACUGGUCUCAAGCUUGGAAGUGAAUCAAAAGGAGUUACAUACUACACCCACCGUAAUAUUGGAAUUGCCCUUUUCUGCCUUGCUACUAUUCAGAUUUUCGCAUUGUUAUUGAGACCAAAGAAUGACCACAAGUACCGAUUCUACUGGAAUAUUUAUCACCACGGUGUUGGAUAUGCCAUACUGGUCCUUGGCAUCCUCAAUGUCUUCAAAGGUCUGAACAUCUUGAAUCCUGCAGAAAAGUGGAAAACAGCCUACAUCAUUGUAAUCUCAGUCUUGGGUGGGAUUGCUGUACUGUUGGAAGCUAUUACUUGGAUUGUCGUUCUCAAGAGAAAAUCUAACAAGUCGACAAAGCCAUAUGAAUACAACAAUGGGCAAGGCAGGCAACAGCCACUUGCUCCCUGAACAAACAAUAUAUGUGGGCUUCAUUGAAGAUUCUGAUUUUAGUAUCUCUUUUGUAAUGAGGUUUAUCUAUUUCAUUAAGUUUGUAGAAGGUUUUGGUUUCACCUGGUAUUAAUGAUUAGGAUGUAAGUAUCGAUUUGGCAGUCUCUCGUAUAUUUUGUUUGUGUCACUACAGAUUCGAUUUUCCAGUAUCAUUGUGAAUUUUUGAAGAUCUAUAUUUAUUACCUUUUUCUUUCUUCUA